AUGUCUGAUGAGUGUCGUGUGUGUCUGCUGGGACUGAUCUUUCUCUCUUCACUUCUCACAGGUUCCAGCGGAGUGAAUGAUACUCAUGUGUUCAUCAGUUCUGGUGAAAAUGUCCGUCUGCCCUGCAAUAAUACUCUUCAUGACUGUAACUCAACUGCAUGGCUCUAUAAUAACAGAUUCAGAGAUUCAGAAACAGUUGAACUGAUUGAUUUAGGGAUAAAGAAGAAAGACACAGAGAGACAUGAGAGACUGAGUCUGGGGUCUGACUGCUCUCUGAACAUCAGGAACAUCACAAAAAAAGAUUAUGGAUCUUACACUUGCAGACAAUAUGUGAAUGGAGAACAAGGAACUGAUGCUCGAGUUUAUCUGCAUGUUCUUCAUGUCUCACAGACUGAGAUCAGUGCAGGUCUCUCUGUGACUCUCUCCUGUCAGUUGUUUUCAAAUGAUGGAGUCUCUUGUGAUGAUUGGAUCAGUUCUAAGAGAAUUCAGCUGUUCUGGGUGAAUCAGGCUGGUGUUAAACUGACGAGAUCACACUCCAGAUAUCAGAUAUUAUUCUCAUCAGAUCACUGUAUCAUCACUCUGAAUACAACACUCCUGAAUGAAGAUCACAACAGAGAGUGGAGAUGUGAAGUUACUCAGAGAGAUCAAGUCAAGACCUCAGUCACAUACACUGUCAAGAGUUCAGCUCAAUCUGAUUCAACAACAUCAGUGAUUCCAGUCAACAGCACAAACUCUCAGGAACCCUCAACUACAAACACACACACAACUAAAGGUACAUCAUCAGUGUCUUCCUCACACCAGUGCUUUACAGCAGCUCUCAGAUACUGUUUUCUUCUUAAAUCAGUCUCUAGAUAUAAUGAAUUCCUCUCUGAAGACAUUAAGAGAUGCAGUACAGAAUCACUAACUGUUCACUAUCAGUUUGAGAAACGGUUUAUUUGCUGGUUUAUUCUGAGCUCAGAAGAGUGUGACAGACAUUAACACACUGAUGCUGUCAGACACUUUGAUUUUGUGUGUACAGUGAGAUUGUGUCAGGAGAUAACUAACAAAAUACUACAGUAAAAGUAAAGUAAAGAAGUUUGUG